AUGUCGAGAAGAUACGCUGAUGACGAAUCCCGCUUCGCCUCGAAGCAGCGGGAGAUCAUCGACGUCAGCCCUACGCCGUCUGCGCCGCCAGCGGUUUUGACAGAGGCGCUUAUUGCAAACCUCAACAGCACCCAGAGGGUGUGUUUGGAGGAUCUUCAGGGUGAGAUCUGUGCGAUGGAGCUCAGCGAGGAGGUCAAGGAGCGGAUUCUACAAGAGGAGCAGCGCUCGCUUCUAAGUGGAAGUCAUGGGCUGGAGGUGGUCAAUCGACUUCAUGUUGCGCCCUUCCCACCCGAUACGUUGGGCGACCAGACGCCACUCGUUGGUGGGGCAUUGAGGCCGAUGAGGACACCCGAGCAGAGCUUGAAGAGGUCCCCCGAGCGACGGACUCGUGCCACGGACCGGCGGAGAGGAGGUGAUGAGAGCUUGACUUCCUGGUCUGAUUCCAGUCAAGGCCUUCCACUCGCCCCGGCCGCCUCAUUGCUGCCUGCACCGUCGGCGGUGAGCACGGCCCAGGAGAGCGUCGUGCUCACCGCAGUGUUCGGGUCAUGGAAGCCGGUCCAAAAGCAGCUGUGA